CGAUUGACCGGGCUUGGCAACACUAAACUGCAUGCAGAUGGUGAGGGCGAGUUGCGCGGCUGUCCUGAGACUGGUUUAGCUCUUCUCAUUCCUAAGGCGGGUGUUCAACUUUUAUCCGUACGACAGCUUGUUAAGAACGGCUGGAAGGCGACGUGCGAGAAGAAUGACUGCACAUUAUUUGAUCCGCAGGGUGGUUUGGUGAAAGCAACGGUUAGACAAGGGCUAUACAUCGUUUCCCUGAAGGAUCUGAAGUCACCCGUGAACCGAGCACAUUCGGGUACAAAGAUUAUCGAUGAAGAUAAGGCCCUUGUGGCAUCCGAUGAUG